UGAACUCGUGGUCUAAAGACGUAUCUCGCGGGCGCGCGGUUCGCGUUCCUCGGAAUCCUUGGAACAACCCCCAAGCGAUUGUUUUCCACUAGAAGAAGUUUCCGAGCAGACAAAUUACCAAUCUACUGGACGGACGCAACGGACAACAACAGCACAACAUUCAACAACCAAUAGGAGAGUGUUGUGAAUGAGAAGCAAAAAAAUCCUCAAAAGGUUUUACCAGAAAACUUCAGCAACGUGAACGUUCAUUUUUGGCAUAGCGUUUUUUAAGUGCAAAAAUUCAAGACAUUACAAAAGUGCGUGAAACAAGUUAAACGACCCUUGCGAAUUGAGUAAAGACGUUUAAAGUUUUUGGACAACAACUACUACGGACUUUGAAACAGGAAAAAAAAAACGCAAGCGUUGAGUGAAGUGUUUGGGGAAUCGUUGGAGCUUGGAGAAACUUGUCUUGGUGUGGAAAAAAAAACGGAAAAGUUAUAACUAGGAAUAGUAAGAAAAAAUCAACGGAAAAAAUCUCAAGCAAGUGACAUAUCUCGAAACAAUAUUGCAUGGAAGAAGAAUCACCGAAAGCAUUGAACGCAGCAAGAAGAGAUCAGUAAGUGUGACAAACCGGCGACAUUAGUUUGGCGAAUUAAGCAGUUAGUUGAAGUUGGAGGCUAGCAGGUGCUAGAAGAGUGUGACGCAGGGGAUCGAUUUCAAGCAACAAAACCUCGUCGUUCUUCAAAAAGACAUCGACAAUCGGAAACCGACAACUCGAACAUGGAGGAGGAAAAAGGGCUACAAUUGUGGAUUAUCUUUCGAAUGUAAUCGCACCAAGAAACAACCACUUACGGACGCAUCAGUACGGACUUCAGAGCUCCGUACCAGAACACGUAGCGCAAGGAGGUGUGAAUAUUUCGACGGACGGACGACCAAAGACGGCCUCCUUCAUCAAGUCGAGUCAACUCGCGGCGAACCCGGUGAAUUAUGUUCCGUCGCACUCAAAGCCAACAUCACACAAGGGCAACUAGUAAAAAUUGGCGAAAGUAUCCAAAUUCUUGAAAGAACAGAACAGCGACAUUCCGAAAGAACCGAUUGCGGAAUCACACAUUAUCUUCUGUAAACUAUUUGUUUUUUUAUUUAUAUUAUUGAGUUACAUUAUUCGCAAACCGGUUCUAUUGAUAAGUUCCAGCAAUGGUAUUCAACGUAUUGAUAGCUUCGUCUGUGAUCAAAACAGCCACAGUGGUCGGCUCUAGUCUAUGGCUCAUCCCGUUUCUGCUGGGGGCCAUCUCAUACUACCGUUACGAUCGGGUGGAUCCGGAAUCGCGGGUCAUCGAUCAGCAGGCGAUCUAUCCGGAAUAUGACUUUAUAGUGGUAGGUGGAGGAUCGGCGGGGGCAGUGGUCGCCAACAGACUCACGGAGGUUACCCGUUGGAAGGUGUUGCUGAUCGAGGCCGGACCAGAUGAGAAUGAAGUUUCAGAUGUGCCCUCGUUGGCCGCGUACUUGCAGCUGAGUAAACUCGAUUGGGCCUAUAAAACGGAGCCAACGAAUAAGGCUUGCCUGGGUAUGGUCAACAAUAGGUGUAAUUGGCCUCGAGGAAAGGUUCUCGGGGGAUCUAGCGUACUAAACUAUAUGAUCUAUGUCAGAGGAAACAAACAUGAUUUCGACCAGUGGGAGUCUUUCGGGAAUCCCGGCUGGGGUUAUGAUGAUGUGCUACAAUACUUUAUAAAGUCUGAAGAUAACCGUAAUCCGUAUUUGGCGAGGAAUCCAUACCAUGGAACAGGGGGGCUUCUGACGGUCCAGGAAGCCCCCUGGCAUACUCCGCUAGUGGCUGCGUUUGUCGAAGCCGGGACCGAAAUAGGUUAUGAAAAUCGGGACAUCAAUGGGGCACAGCAAACAGGAUUCAUGAUAGCUCAGGGCACAAUCAGGCGUGGUAGCCGAUGUAGUACGGCAAAAGCUUUCUUACGGCCUAUUCGUUUGAGAAAAAAUCUACACAUUGCCAUGAACUCCCACGUUACUAAACUACUCAUCGAUCCCGGCACCAAAAAGGCAGUCGGUGUAGAAUUUUUCCGUCAAGGCAAACGACACUUCGUUAAAGCGAAGCGUGAAAUCAUCAUGUCUGCAGGUUCCAUCAAUACGCCUCAGAUACUGAUGCUGUCGGGCAUUGGACCAAGAGAACACUUGGAUGAAAUAGGCAUUAAAACAAUAGUCGACCUCCCCGUAGGUAACAAUCUUCAAGAUCACGUCGGAAUGGGUGGUUUAACUUUCCUAGUCGAUAAACCAGUAGCAAUUCUGCAAAACCGCCUCGAAGCGGCAUCUGUCACUAUGAACUACGUAAUAAACGAACGAGGCCCGAUGACCGUCCUGGGCGGUCUGGAAGGAAUCGCUUUUGUCAAUACUCCCUACGCUAAUCAAACCCUGGAUUGGCCGGACGUCCAGUUCCACAUGGCUCCAGCAUCCCUCAACUCCGAUGGCGGAGCACGGGUCAAGAAGAUCUUAGGCCUCAAGGAAGAUCUCUACCAAGAGGUGUUCCAUCCCAUCGAAGACGUCUACAGCUGGACCAUUAUGCCCCUGCUAUUGAGGCCACGAUCUCGCGGUUGGGUCCGGCUCAAGUCCAAAAAUCCCUUCCACUACCCUAUCAUGAAUCCAAACUACUUUGACGAUCCCUACGAUGCCCUAACCCUGGUAGAGGGAGCCAAGAUGGCACUUCGCGUUUCAGAAGCCAAAGUGUUCAAACAAUUCGGCAGUCGAUUGCACCGAAGGCCCCUACCAAACUGCAAACACCUCAAAUUCCUGUCGGACGCCUACCUUGAGUGCCAGGUCCGAACGAUAUCGAUGACCAUCUAUCAUCCGGUUGGAACGGCCAAAAUGGGACCCAAAUGGGACCCGGAUGCCGUCGUCGAUCCUCGGUUACGGGUCUACGGAGUAUCCGGGCUACGAGUCAUAGACGCCAGCAUCAUGCCGACCAUUGUUAGCGGAAACACUAAUGCGGCUGUCAUCAUGAUCGGCGAAAAGGGCGCAAAUCUUAUCAAGGAAGACUGGCUGGCGAUAAGCUAACUUUAAUAGUUAAUGAAAACAAUAGUUGUGGUUACCGAAAUGGAUGGUCGGAAUGACUGUUGGUUAGUUUAACUAGCUAGUUGUGAAGUGAGAGUGAAAUCUAAACGAAAAAAAAAAACAAACAAGACAACAAAAUGUGUGCCAUUAUUUUGCGCAGGAAUAAUCCCUCCCUAAGAAAACUGUUUAUUCUGUUGCUAGCUAAGGUGAAGUUUUCUUCCAGGAAUGUUUGCGAAAGGUUAGAAUCGAGAUUGUCAGUGCUUGAAGCUAAGUGUCAAAAGUUACCCCCAAAUGUAGAGUAUGGAGAGUAUUACGCGGAAAGGAAACCGAAAUACCUGAAAACGAUAAAUAAAAA